GGCGCACCGUGCUAACUCAUUUUCUUAAAGAAAAAAAUAACGAAAGAGGCUGUGCUUCUACACAGUCCUGUGGACUCCGCUUCUUUCGCAAUCUCAAUUGCCAAAACCCUAAAUCUUGAGAAUUGAAUUUAACAGAACCCUAACCAACUCAAUUACCAAAUUUUGCCUUGUCUGGGGGGCGAUUCAGGCACUGGUUUUCGACGUUUCUAGUCCCAAUCUGCAGUCCUAAACCUCAAUCUCAGGCCAGGGUUUUGAUAUCUUCUAGUAAGGCGACCAUGGCGUCCACAGACCCGGAGAUAGCGAAGACUCAGGAAGAACGCAGGAAGAUGGAGCAGCAGCUUGCUUCGCUUAACUCUGUCACUUUCGAUACCGAUCUCUAUGGUGGAAACGAUAGGGAUGCUUAUGUCUCUUCCAUUCCUGUUACCGACGAUGAUGAGAACAACGACCCUAUGGACAAUGAGGUUGUGCGCAAGUUAGCCUCUUACACUGCUCCUAAGUCGCUCAUCAAUGAUGUCCCCAGGGGAGGUGAUGAUGAUGCCGGUUUGGGGCCUAAGAAGCCGAACUCGAUUAUGGAACGAGAGGAUUCAUACCGUAGGAGGAGGCUGAACCAGGUGAUUUCGCCUGAUCGAAAUGACCCCUUUGCCUCAGGGGAGAUGACGCCGGACCCCUCGGUGAGGACCUAUGCUGAUGUCAUGAAGGAAGCAGCCUUAAAAAGGAAGGAGCAGGAGACUCUAAGGCUCAUUGCGGAGAAGAAGAAGGAUCAAGAAGAGGCCGCUAAGGCAGCGGCUGAGAAGGGAGAGACCACCACUGUGGCUGCUGCGCCCCAGAAGAGGAGAAAUAGGUGGGACCUGUCUCAGGAUGAUGGUGCUGCAAAGAAGGCCAAGACUUCCGAUUGGGAUUUGCCUGAUACGACACCAGGUCGGUGGGACUCAACUCCAACUCCAGGAAGACUGGGGGAUGCAACUCCUGGUGUUGGGAGGAGAAAUCGGUGGGAUGAAACUCCCACGCCUGGGCGGUUGGUGGAUUCAGAUGCGACCCCUGCAGGUGCCGUCACCCCUGGUGCUACACCUUCUGGGAUGGCCUGGGAUUCAACCCCUAAGCUUGCAGGGCUAGCCACGCCGACUCCCAAGAGGCAGAGGUCUAGAUGGGAUGAGACACCAGCAACAAUGGGUAGUGCGACACCUGGAGCCACACCAGCAGCUGCUUAUACACCUGGUGUGACUCCUGCCGGAGGAGCUGAACUUGCUACCCCAACGCCAGGGGCUAUUAAUUUGCGGGGGUCAAUUACUCCAGAGCAGUAUAACUUGUUGAGGUGGGAGAAAGAUAUAGAGGAAAGGAACCGCCCCUUAACUGAUGAAGAGCUUGAUUCUAUGUUUCCACAAGAGGGAUAUAAGAUUUUGGACCCCCCAGCUUCGUAUGUACCUAUUAGGACACCAGCGAGAAAGCUUCUUGCUACCCCAACUCCGAUGGCAACUCCUCUUUAUGCCAUCCCAGAAGAGAAUCGUGGGCAGCAGUUUGAUGUUCCAAAGGAAUCUGCAGGUGGCUUGCCAUUUAUGAAGCCAGAGGAUUACCAGUAUUUUGGUGCAUUGUUGAAUGAGGACGAUGAGGAAGAAUUGUCUCCUGACGAACAGAAAGAGCGUAAAAUUAUGAAGCUUCUACUCAAGGUUAAGAAUGGUACGCCUCCACAGAGGAAGACUGCGUUGAGACAGCUUACUGAUAAAGCUCGAGAGUUUGGUGCUGGUCCAUUGUUUAACCGCAUUCUGCCAUUGCUUAUGCAACCCACUUUGGAAGACCAAGAGAGGCAUCUUUUGGUCAAGGUUAUUGAUAGAGUGCUCUAUAAAUUGGAUGAAUUGGUGAGACCCUAUGUGCACAAAAUUCUUGUUGUCAUUGAGCCUUUGUUGAUUGAUGAAGACUACUAUGCUCGUGUGGAAGGGAGAGAGAUUAUCUCCAAUCUUAGUAAAGCAGCUGGAUUGGCUACUAUGAUUGCUGCCAUGCGUCCAGAUAUUGACAACAUUGAUGAAUAUGUUAGAAAUACAACUGCUAGAGCUUUCAGUGUUGUUGCUUCUGCUCUUGGUAUUCCUGCCCUAUUGCCAUUCUUGAAAGCUGUUUGUCAGAGUAAGAAAUCAUGGCAAGCUCGACAUACUGGAAUUAAGAUUGUUCAGCAGAUUGCCAUCUUGAUUGGGUGUGCUGUUCUUCCACAUUUGAGGUCUCUUGUUGAAAUUAUAGAGCACGGUCUCAAUGAUGAGAAUCAAAAAGUGAGGACUAUUACUGCAUUGUCACUUGCUGCACUUGCUGAGGCUGCUGCUCCGUAUGGUAUUGAGAGCUUUGAUUCUGUUCUGAAGCCCUUGUGGAAGGGUAUUAGAUCACAUCGUGGUAAGGUCUUGGCUGCGUUUUUGAAGGCCAUCGGUUUUAUUAUUCCUUUGAUGGAUGCCAUAUAUGCCAGUUACUAUACCAAGGAAGUGAUGGUAAUAUUGAUUCGAGAGUUCCAGUCACCUGAUGAAGAAAUGAAGAAAAUUGUGCUGAAAGUGGUGAAGCAGUGUGUGAGUACAGAGGGUGUUGAGGCUGAUUAUAUCAGAAAUGAUAUUCUUCCGGAGUUCUUUAAAAACUUUUGGGUUAGGAGGAUGGCAUUGGAUAGGAGAAAUUAUAGGCAACUAGUGGAAACAACUGUAGAGAUGGCAAACAAAGUUGGUGUUGCUGAUAUAGUCGGACGAAUUGUUGAGGAUUUAAAAGAUGAGAGUGAACCAUAUAGGCGAAUGGUUAUGGAGACAAUUGAAAAGGUAGUUGCAAAUCUGGGUGCAUCUGAUAUUGAUGCUCGGUUGGAGGAGCUUUUAAUUGAUGGAAUUCUUUAUGCUUUCCAAGAGCAGACCAGUGAUGAUGCCAAUGUGAUGCUUAAUGGGUUUGGAGCAGUGGUUAAUUCUCUUGGACAGAGAGUCAAACCCUAUUUGCCGCAGAUUUGUGGUACUAUCAAGUGGCGUUUGAAUAACAAGAGUGCAAAGGUGAGGCAGCAAGCUGCGGAUCUUAUUUCAAGGAUUGCUGUUGUCAUGAAGCAGUGCCAAGAGGAACAACUUAUGGGCCAUCUUGGUGUUGUACUGUACGAGUACUUGGGAGAAGAAUACCCUGAAGUUCUUGGAUCAAUCUUGGGAGCAUUGAAAGCAAUUGUCAAUGUUAUUGGUAUGACAAAGAUGACACCUCCUAUUAAAGACUUGCUUCCUAGAUUGACUCCAAUUUUGAAGAACAGGCACGAGAAAGUCCAAGAGAACUGUAUUGACCUUGUAGGUCGAAUUGCUGACCGUGGUGCAGAGUUUGUCCCAGCUAGGGAGUGGAUGAGGAUUUGUUUCGAACUUCUUGAGAUGUUAAAGGCUCACAAAAAGGGUAUCCGGCGGGCUACUGUGAACACAUUUGGCUACAUUGCAAAAGCCAUCGGUCCACAAGAUGUCCUGGCAACUUUAUUGAACAACCUGAAGGUACAGGAACGUCAAAACCGUGUAUGCACCACCGUAGCCAUUGCCAUAGUUGCGGAAACUUGUUCUCCUUUCACAGUUUUGCCAGCUCUGAUGAACGAGUAUCGUGUUCCUGAGCUGAACGUUCAGAAUGGUGUUCUGAAAUCGCUCUCUUUCCUGUUUGAGUACAUUGGCGAAAUGGGAAAAGACUACAUAUACGCUGUGACUCCACUGCUGGAGGAUGCUCUCAUGGACAGAGAUUUGGUUCACCGGCAAACAGCAGCUUCAGCUGUCAAACACAUGGCUUUGGGGGUGGCUGGAUUGGGUUGCGAGGAUGCAUUGGUCCACUUGCUGAAUUAUGUGUGGCCAAACAUAUUCGAAACCUCACCUCAUGUCAUAAAUGCCGUCAUGGAAGCCAUUGAAGGUAUGAGGGUGGCCUUGGGAGCUGCCGUUGUGCUAAACUACUGUCUCCAGGGUCUUUUUCAUCCUGCUCGAAAGGUCAGAGAAGUUUACUGGAAGAUUUAUAACUCGUUGUAUAUUGGAGCUCAAGAUGCCCUUGUGGCAGCUUAUCCAGUGCUGGACGAUGAGCAGAAUAACAUAUAUAGUAGGCCUGAGUUGGUGAUGUUUCUGUGAAUUGUAGCUUUGUUUGUAGCUAAAGAGGGCAAUAGAAUUCUACGAGAACAGAUUUAGUUUUCUGGUGUUUAGUUGUUGUAGUUUUGUUCCAAGAGAAUUUACUGAACAUGGCCUAUUUAAUGGCUCUCUCAUUUGCCA